GAAAUACUCUAAUGCAGACGAGCUAAAUGUGAGGGAUCCGAAUGCAGAACUGUCGUUGCCGAAAGAAAACAAUUCGUCGAGCGAAUUUGUCGUUGAGUAUUGGUGGAUGACAUCUCGUUCUCGCUGAGUGUAUGUAAACUGUGACCAAUAACCCAGUUUACUUUGCACCAGCAUAUAUUGGUACCGGUUUUGGCUUGACAUAGUGCCACCCCUAAAUCUGAAACCUGGGCCGAAAGGCAGAGUGGAAUGUUUACAUCUGGGCAGGCGGGUCUCCUCGCGUAGCGGACAGUAGUUACUGCCUAACCACCUUGUUCAAGAGUUUUAACGGCCAUGUUACAGUUUUGCUACAUGAGCACUUACGCAGUAUAUUGAAUGGAAAAGCAGCUUUUCCCAGAUCCUUGAAUGCAAAGAUGACUGCAGAUGAUAGAUCAGAAGGAUCAGGAUCUUCAGAAGGUUCUGCUGGUAGUCUUGGUAUUGUUGAAAAGAGCUGCUCACACGAGAAUAAUGUUCGUGCACGAGUGGGGUUGUACAUGAAGGAUGGAGAUAAGCUCAGGGCAGAUUUCCAUGUUUUAUAUAGAGUUCUGCCAGAUUUAAGGAAAAAAAAGGAUCGCAGAAAAAUAAGGAGGAAAGCCAAAUCUAGUAAACACCACAAAGAUAAGAAGAAAAAGGGUGAAGUUGGUGGUGGUAGCAAUACCACCAGCGCAGUAAUGCCAAUUCUUGCCUUGCCUGGAAACCCUUCAUCUUUUGCUGUGUAUGCCCACGUACGGGGGUUAGUGCUAGAAAAUGCUGCUCGACAGGCACAAACCAUCUACUUGGCAACUACUCAACCCAUUCCUUCAGAGUCAGACACAGAUGAUGAAUCUGAUAAGGGAAAAGAACCAAUGCUACAGAUUCCAAAGAUGGUUGGACUUGGCUUGGUGAGUGUUUAUGAGCUAAUAAGAGGCUCUGUAUCUGCAUAUCCAGCUUUAUGCAUCCGAGCAUUAGAAGCCUUACUCGAUAUUCUUCAGGGACAGCAACCAGAAGCCUUGAGAGUAGAACCUCCAGAAGUUAUAGAUGCACUGUUCAAUUUGUUGCUGAGACUGGCUACAGCAAGUAAUGGAGAUGUAUUAACGUGCCCUUCUUCACCCUUGGUUGGUGUAGCUUGUGCAUGUUUACUGUCUUUGGUAGUGGCCCGUGGAGAAACUGGCAAAUUUCUCAGAGCUACAGCAGAUAUUCUUAUGACAUCCAGACAGCUAGCAAGUCAGAGCAUCCAGGUUCCAGUAAUACUAACAUUCCUACAACGAAGUGUCCAUGCUGUCCUUCUUGGUAAAACAUCACGUCCAGAUUGGCUUACAGGAGGUGUUCCUAAAUCAUCAUUGAUUGACAAAUUCUCUGUAAAGAUUAUGACAGAUGGUGAAGAGUUGAAAGAAGAAAGUUCCAUGACUUGUGAUGGACAUUACUUGUACAUACAUAAUGCUCAUGGACUCUUUAAAAUAGGCUCUGGUUUUGGUGGAACAAUGAAGGGUCAUAUUUAUAUGCAUCGUCCAGAUUUCUAUCCUAAGCAGAAAGGAUGGCUAGGAUUUGCUCAUAGAUGCUGGCAACAUGGAAAACCCUCUUCAUGUAUUCAUAAGGGUGAUGUAUUUUAUAGACCUGAAGGGAGCAAUGGUGAACUUGUUGUUAUUGAUCGCGAGGUACUGAAGGUUUCUGAGGUAUAUCAGUGCUCUUCUCCUGGAUGGUGUAGAGGACUUCCCUUUAGUGAUGGUAUAAACAUUGGCCACAUAUCUCCAGAUAGAGAGGAUGGUUUUGUUGUUCGGACUUACAAUCCUUUGGUGAAACCUAUGCCUUUAGUGAAUGAGCUCAGUUUAAGCUUGGCCAUAAGGUGUAUUCAGGUUUUUGGUGGGCAAGAACAACAGGCUACCCUGUCUACAGGGAUAGAUGAGGAUGUUUUAAUGGUUGUAUCUGGGAAGGAGUUUACUCUUGUGAGGACCUCAGCAGGCAGAAUACAUUACAGUGGCAAAGCUUCUUCUGUUGGUAUGAAGCAAGGAAGUAGCAAUGCAAGUAUUGUACAGACAGGGGCAGCCAGCAGUGGUCUCUCAGCAGGUGCUUCAGGUUGCUCAGGACCAGGUAAUAGCAGUGUUGGAGUUAGUGGUUGUGCUGCAGGACCAAGUACAAGUAGCACAUCUCCAAACAAAUGGCCUGAACUUAGUAUCACAAAAUCGCCACGUAUUAUACAUGUAGCUGUUGGACAUGAAGGACAACAUGCUGUUCUUGUAUCAGAUGAGGGAGCAGCAUUUUUUGUGGGGACAGCUCGACGUGGGGAAGAUGGCGAUGCUAGUAAGGGUCGACGACAGCCCAAACCUGUCAAACCAAAGAAAAUGAUUAAAUUAGAUGGUCAGUUUGUUAUCACUGCAGCAUGUAAUAAUGGGACAUCAGCCUUGGUCACUAGAGAUGGAGAAUUAUACAUGUUUGGCAAAGAUACAUUGCAUUGUGAUAAUACAGGAUUGGUGACAGAGAUGCGGGAGGUCCAUGUAGCAAGUGUAGCACUGGGAAAGGCACAUGCAAUAGCGUUAACCAACAAAGGUCAGGUAUAUAGCUUUGGUAUCAACAAUAAAGGACAGUGUGGGAGAGACUACAUGCCCCAGAUAAAAGAAGGAUCUGGAAUGUCAAUGUCUGUAGGAGCUGGAGAAGAUGACAUCGAUGAGGAUGGUGUAGAGAGUGAAGAUGGAGGCGAAGGUGCUAUGUGUGCACCUGGUCGCCACAGAUGGGUUAGGGAUCAUUGCCUUGUAUGCACUAUUUGUCAUGAGUGCACUGGGUACGGUGCUGCUUGUGUCUCCAGUGGCAGACCAAAUCGUAACUCUGGCCAGCCUUGUGGAUGCGGCUCUGGUGAUUCAGGUUGUGGCGUUUGUGGAUGUUGUCGUUCAUGUGCCGAUGAAAUUGGUGGGGACAUUGACCAAGAUCCAUUUUCUCUGAUGCAGGGACCACAUUCAGGGCUUUUUGGGUUUCCUGAAGUGGGUAAUCUGGGUGGAAAUAUCUUUGGGCGAGCGUGUGGACGAUUGCAGGAUCAGUUACAAAGACGGUUAGAUGAACGACGACACAGGCCACGUCAUAGAAAUUCAAGAUAUGCCCCAGAGCUGGGAAGGAAAGAGUUAGAUGGUCAAGGUUCAGCACGAGACAGCCAGUUGGGAAACCUAGGCCAGUUUGAGGCUCGACUGCUACGCCUUCUUGCUCCUCAUGCGAAUGCUGCAGGUGACAGCGGUGACAGCAGUGUGGCCAGUACCGGUAUUGGUUCUUCCACAGCUGCCAGUCCUGACUCUGCUGCCAUUGCAGCUGCUGCUCCCUUUGAUCCCCUUGCUGCCAGUAACAUCCUAGGAGUAGAGGAUGGCCUAGGAAGUGACCAAGAGAGAGAUGCAAGUAAGAUUGCUGCUGUUUCACCAGCCCGUGUGAUUCUAUCUGGAUCCUCUCCUGUUGUGCAAGUUGCCUGUGGUCUACAUCAUUCAGUUGUUCUGUGUAGCAAUGGUGAAACAUACACUUGGGGAAGCAAUAGCUACGGUCAGUUGGGUGUUGGAGACUUAAUUUCACGUGGUUCCCCAGUAAUGAUUAGGUUACCACCAAAUGUUCGUGUAACACAGGUAGCUUCUGGAAGUAAUCACACAGUUUUUCUAACUUCUGGUGGCCAAAUAUAUACUUGUGGAGAUUUCCAGAAAGGACAACUUGGGCGUCUGGCUCCGCAGAGUGAUGCAGGAGAAGGCAGCAGUCGAGGACGAUGUCCAUGGUAUUCAGUUCCAGGUGUUGUACCUGGCAUAGGGCCAAGACUAGGUCGGCGUGCCACGUGGGUUGGUGCUUCAGCAGAUGUCACAUACGUCAAGUUAGAUCAGUCUCUCAUUAAUGCUCAUAAUCUGAGUGCUGCAUCAGUUGUUGCAAACAGCAAUUGUCUAGUCCUGUUACCUGUCGGAAGUAAAGAAGAGGAAGGUUGGAAGUGCCUGGUGAUAAGUCGGUCUGAUGGUCAGUGCAGAAGCUUUUCAACUUUAGAUCAGAUAUGCUUCGCUGGUCAAACUGUCUGUCUGGAUCCUGUAUACAAUGUGCUUUGGAGUUAUGAUAAUAGUAGUGAAGAGAUGAGAUGUUAUAACAUUGUGGCAGCUGAAGCUCAAAGACUUACGAAUGGUGGACUCCAAGAUGGAUUGCGAGACUUGCUUUCUCCAGAGUUAUCUCUUCCCAUUCUUCCUGAGUACCAAGUUUCCCGUGCACAGGUUGCCCUGCACAUGCUUUCCUGUAUUGACACUGUGACAUGGGCUCAUGAGCAUGGAUUGACUGUAGUAGAUGAUGAUCCACAUACAGAAGCCACAGUUCGUGUUUAUACAAGAGAAGAUUUCACACCUGUUAACAGAUUUGAAAGUCACGGUGGAGGAUGGGGAUAUUCAGGUCACUCUAUUGAGGCCAUCAGGUUCAUGUGUGACACAGAUGUGUUAGUAGGAGGUUUUGGCCUUUUUGGAGGACGUGGGGAGUACAUGGGAAAAAUUAAGCUGUUUGAACUUGGAGUUGAAGGUGGAGAUCAGGAAACAGAUGGUGAUUUACUGGCUGAGACUGAAGAGAUGCCUUAUGAAUGUGGGGCCCGCCAAAAAUAUCCCAUGCUGUUUGAUGAGCCAGUACCUGUCCAGGCUAACAAGUGGUACGUGGCGUGGGCACGAGUAAGUGGACCGAGUAGUGACUGUGGUUCAUCUGGUCAAAGCAUGGUUACAACUGAAGAUCAAGUCAUAUUUUACUUCAAGUCAUCAAAGAAGUCAAACAAUGGAACUGAUGUAAAUGCUGGUCAGAUUCCACAACUUUUGUAUCGCAUAACAUCACAAGAAGGGUCUGUAACUCCUCGUCCAACUCAUGACACAUCAGAACCAGCCCCAAUUCUUUCCAAAGGGUUUUUUAUGACAGUCAGAAAUGAUGUAUUUCAGUCUUUGUUGGAUUUACUUGGCUGGGCAUGGGCAACUUUGAGAUCUUGUGUUGGAGAACAGGUGAGUCAUUCUGGCAGUCAAAGUCCAAGCCCUACUGUCGCCAUGUUAGAUCUUCAGCGACUCGUGUACAUCUGUUGUGCUUGUUUACGUCUAUUGAGGAUAUACAUAAAUGAAGUGUAUCCAAAUUCAGUUCGUGUAUUAAGGAGUAAUGGAGAGAAAGGCUGUCUAGCUGAGAGUGUGGCUGAUGUUAGGGGCCUACUUCGUCAGAUGCUUUCGGAUCCUAUACCCACACCAUAUGUAAACCGUAAAGGGAAAAUGAGAAAUGGCAGAGAUGUUGGACCCUUAACACGAAUGGUGGUUUCAGUCUUGGAUGAAUGUCAUAAGACAUUUGUGUCAUGCUUUCAUGCUUUUUAUCCAACGGGGCAGUUAAAAUGGACAUGUUUAUGUGAUCUUCUUUUUUCAAGAGAUGCAAUGUCUAAGGGAAUUGAGGAGAGUCAUGAUAGUGAUCGGUUGCUGAGUGCUGUUUUAGCAUCAUUGUGUUCUCCAACUGUAAAGCUUAGAGCAACUUUCCCAAUUUUAUCCGAGUCCGAUGCAGAAAUAACACACCGACCAUCGCCAGCUGAUAAUGCAGCCCUUUCAACUUUACAACCUGGAGAUCUCUAUCGUUAUCCUCUUUUAGUGGAACACAUGACGUGUAAAACCCAUAUUGACAAUGGUGGGAGCAUGGUUUGGACUUUUCGAGAGGUUCUAGACCGCUUGCUAGGUGUGGUUUGUGGAAGUGUGCGCCAGGCUUUGCGAGGUGAAAGAGUUACACCCCUUCCUGCUCUCGUACACAACACUUGCCUUUUGUUGGCUGCGACUGUUGCUGAACUCUCUGCAGAGACAAAUUCAGUUGAGGGUGAAGUUCCAGCAGGAGGGAGGGUUUUACAUAUUACACCGUCACGAUUUACACGAACAUCGCAGAGUCGCACUUGGAAUACUGGGAAUGGUUCUCCUGACGCCAUAUGUUUUUCUGUAGAUAGACCAGGCAUUGUAAUAGCUGGUGUUUGUGUGUAUGGUGGUGUAGGCACUUAUGAUUAUGAGCUUGAGGUAAUGGAUGAAAGUGGUGGAGGGGGUCAGGAUCCUUCUCAUACCCUUGAGAGAUGGAGUGUAAUGGAAAUUGCACGUGGAACUUUUGGACCAGAUGAUUCUGUAGCUGACAUUGUGGAAAUCAAAUUUGAAAGACCUGUCCCAGUAAAGGAAAGUGUCAAGUAUGCCAUCAGACUAUGCAAUCAUGGUGGUCGGACCAGUAAUGGUGAUGGUGGUUUAGGGUCUGUCAAAGGUCCUGAUGGCACAACGUUCACAUUUUCUGCUUGCAGUUUAUCAGUGAAUGGAACCAAUCAUAUUCGUGGUCAGAUUCCUCACAUUAUGUAUUACAGUACACCUCAGGAUCCUGAAAGCCAGCAGAGUACAAGAGAAAUAGCUGAACAACAAGCAAGGAAGUCAGCUUUGGCAAUGGUUGGAAGCAUUGUUCGCGUGGCUACUGAGUUGAUGAUAAUGGGUUUAGGAGUUGGGGAUGAAACUGCUGUUGAAGUACUUGGAUCAGCUCCAUUGUUGACAAUGCUGUUGCCUCUGGUUCUCUCCCAUGUAGGACCUCUAGCUACAUCAGAUCCCAGGAGUGCUGUGUCAGUGCUAGGUCUUAUCCAAGAGAUUCUGCCUCAUGUUGCUGCUCUAAACAAUCUUAGCCUUGUUACCCAACAAACUGCUAUCCCGGAGACCAUGGAAGGUUGCCAUACAACUACCAGUAACCAUUAUGCUUGGGUUGAAAGUGAUCAUCCUUAUCGUCCUGCAAGUGUUGCCAACUACAGAGUAUCUUUUCCAAGUAACAUUCAGUGGAUGACGUUAGAGUUUGAUCCACAGUGUGGUACUGCUCAGCCUGAAGAUUCAUUGCAGGUGUAUGUGCCAUGUUUGGGAAGUAUGGAUGGCAGUAGUCCAGCUUUUGGUGUGUUCUAUGGAGCAUAUGAGAACCAGGACAAGAAUCCCCAGGUGACUCUUGGUCAGGAUGGAGCACCUCCUCCAUACUGGGCAGUUCUCAACAAGUUUUCUGGGUCACAAAAUUGGCCACAUCAAACUGUCAUUUUGCCAGGUCAUGAGAUUGUGUUUUCUUUGGAAACGGCUUCUGACUAUGUGAAAGAUGAAAGAGCUAACACAUAUGGAUUUCGAGUCUUAGUAGUUGGGUAUGAGUGGCCACCAAGUCCCCCUGAUUCUUUGCGGCACCUUGAGAAGGAACUGUCUUACUUAGGAGGAUUAUGUGCAGCCUCACUCAUUAAGAAAGAUUUGUGUUUGCCUCCAGUUCAGGGAGAUGAUCUAGACGAAGAAAUGGAGUUGGUGGAAGACAUGUCACUGCAAGUAUAUCGUGCUCAUCCAGGGCUCCUUAGUAAGGGAUUUGCUCUUUCUCAUCCCCCUACUAUUCAUCAAACUUUAGAUGGUGUCAUUCCUUUCAGUUGUCAUUCCAAUGAAAGAUUAUUUCUUCGGGAUUUUGUAUCUUGUGCUGGUGGAACAAGUGGUGGACGUUUGGCACGAUGGUUACAGCCUGACUCAUACGUUGAUGUCAGAGCAUGUGAGGUGCUAUAUAGUCGAGAUGAUAUGAGAGCAGGGUGGCCUGCUAUUGUUACUAUUGUAACUCGGGACCAGUACAAUGAAGUGGUUCAUGUACCUUCGCUCAAGGUUGAAGUUGUUGCAGUGCCUGUCAGCACAGGAGAGGAUGGAAAUCAAGUAAAGUUGAGACGAGUUAGCCAGCAUGUUGCAGAUAACUUAACAUUUGGUGGACACCCACAGCCAUCACUUGAUGUGCCAUAUCAAGUGUCAAUAAAGGAUAAGAUGUGUUAUUGUGCUAUAACCAUGAUAAAGGCUUAUGAAAACUAUUCAUUUGAAGAACUCCGUUACAUGUCCCCAGCGAUGAGGAGACCAACUGAAAAUAUGCUUGUGAGAAGUAACAACGAUGGUACUUACUCCUGUAACUGGACACCUGGUGCAACUGGAUGGUACUCUCUCCAUGUUACCAUUGAUAGUUAUCAGCUUGAUGAGACUUACAAAAUGGAAGUGAAGGAUCCUCCUCAGGGGGUAACUCCUCCAGUUCAGAGUACAAUGAAACGUUCAUCACAGCAACCGUCACGUUUAAGAAAGUUUGUCCUCCAGAACAGUGCUGGAUUAAGAAUACGUACUCAUCCUUCUCUCCAGAGUGAGCAGAUUGGCAUUGUACAUGUUAAUGGUACUAUUGCUUUUAUAGAUGAGGUCCAUAACAGUGAUGGGGUAUGGCUUCGUCUCAGUGCAGAGAGCAUUCGACAGUAUUGCACGAACGGAUAUUCAGAGGCUUGGUGUCUUCAAUAUAACCAGCACAUUGGGAAGACACUUCUUGUGCCAGUAGACCAUCCAAAAACCAUUUUAGAUCAGGUUAUAACUGAUACCAUUACUAGACGACGUGACAUGAGUCCACGUCGUGAAGGAAUGCUUAGUGCUGAUGGAACGGAUAGUGUGCCAGGUGGUGCUGGGGUUUACACUGUGGUUAAAUGUGGUGCUUCAGGACACAAUAUUCGGAGCCAGCCCAGCUUAAAAGCCCCUCCUGUUGGGAUGCUGGUGUUAGGGAAUUCCAUAACUGCUGACUCUGAUACCAAAAACAAUGACGGGACUUGGGUACGCUUGGACUCAGAGAGCACACGAAAGUAUUGCUUUACUGAUGGGGAAGCAUGGUCGUUAGCUGUAUCACGAGCACACACAUUAUACCUCCAGCGAUCUCAUAGUCAUUUACAUCCUUAUACAACUCCUCAGUUAGAACAAACUAAUACCAGUCAACAAGGAUUUGACUUCACCCAUGCACAAAGCAGUCCCAUAUUUCGACCAUUCCAGCAACCAGCUUUUAGAAGUGACCCAUUUGUGUUUGGUGCAAUAACUCGAGGUUGCGGUGAUGGCAGCAGCAACGCAGGGGCUGGAGGAGGACCAGCGAGUCGUGGUGAAUCAUGUAAAUACCCAAAUUCUUCCAAUACAUUUGCUGAUACCAACACAGCAACAGAUGAUUCAGAGGCAACUGGAGCAACUUUAAAACAUCAAGUCCCGGAUUCAUCAGUUCAGCAUCAAGGCAAAUUCUCUGUACUUCAGCGUUGGAUGAAGGAUGAGCACAACAAACAUCCUACAGUUGGUAAUUCUCCCAUUUCAUCACAGCAGACCCAGCAGGAAGAGUUGCAUCUUACCCAGCAAAGCAGUGUUGCUCAGGAAAAGAAAUUGAGCAAGAAGCAACAACAACAACAACAACAACAACAGCAGCUACAACAACAACAACAACAACAACAGUCUCAGCAGGUUAAUGCAAGCUUGUCUCGAGAUGUACCUCCAGAACUGCAAGGAGUAUCUGUUAAAGAUCUAGUCAAGGCAAUAGGAGAAUCUCGAGCUAAUGGCAAUGGAGCUACUCCUCCACGGACUCCUCCUGCUACACCUAAAAGACUCUCAAGGUCUUCAAGUCCUCGAGCUGGAGUUGGAACGCCAGGAAACCCAGUAAUAACUGCAACAUCAGGAACAUCACCUCGUCAGAUAUCCAGGUCUUCCAGUCCUGUUCCAAUACCAGGUCGGGGUAGAGAAAGUGCUAGUAGCUCGCCAUUGCACAGUUCUCCACGCGCUGCUGGUGUGUCUCCACUAGUGUCAGGUACUGGUACUGUGGCUGAGAGGGCUGCUGGCAGCCCUCCUUCUGCAAUACGCAGUGCAAAUGACUCCUUAAGUGACACCAGUGCAUUUGUUUCAAGCCUUACACAAGAUAUGUCUCAUUCUCCUAGUAUAUCAUCACUUCCCACAUCAACUCCUAGUACUCCAAGAAGGGAGCCCUUGAGUACAAGUCCCAAAACUGUUACUCAGACAGCAACUCAAACUAGUCCGGAAGCUGUAAAAUUCAAUAUUGGGUCAACAGGGUCAAGAGAUGAAAAUCUAAGAUUGUCUCCUAAAAUGACACGGAAAGACAGGUCCGGGAAACCUCAUCGGAGUAAACGCGAUAGAGCGGUCUCUCCAGUACCUACACAAAGGGAAAAACCAGGUCCAUGCCGUGAUAAAGUGAAAGAAGCAAUGAGUCCUUCUGUUGCAGAGUGUAUGCGUGCCAUUUUUGCAGCUUUUCUGUGGCAUGAAGGAAUUGUCCAUGAUGCCAUGGCAUGUGCAUCAUAUUUGAAAUUUCAUCCUGAUCUCAGUAAGCAGGGUACAUUUCACUGGAAACCACGAACAAAUGCAGCACCAAAAUCAGAAAAACUAACAAAGGAACAAAAAGCUCGGCAAAGACAUUCUGUUGAAGUUAGUACCUAUACUUACUUAAAUAAUGUAACAUUACAAAAUACUGAAGACCUUUUGAAAACUGGAACCAAUGCUAAUAUCAAUGAAGUGCCCCAUAUCAGUGAUACAAGUGACGAAGAGACAGCCAGCAGAGCAACUGGAGCUAGUUAUUCUCAGGGAAUUCAGGGACAAAAAUUAGCAACUGUAAUGGAGGGAGGUGGAGGAGGCGUUGGAUGUAGACCAGAAACUCCAGAUUUACCUCCAGUUCUUUAUCAUGUGGUGCUACUUUGGGAGGAAUUGACCUCCAGUUGUUUAAAAGCAGUUGCUCAACAGAUUAUCCUCCCAUCACCUACCAUUCCAGCUAGACUCAAGAAAAUGGAUAAAGUGAAGGAUCGAAGUGAGAGAGAUAAGAAAAAACACAAAAAAAAGUCAUCCUCUGUAGGAAUUUCAAUAUUUGGUGUUGAUGGGGAGGAUGAAGAAGGUGUUUGUGAACUUUGUGGUACCAAUGUUCCUUCUGAAAGUUCAGAGCAACACUUCAGAACAGUACACCCAGGCUGUGGGGGAUCCUCAAAGGGCUGUGGUUACGUAGGAACUAGGUGGAAAGUUUUCCCAACUAAAGAUCGUGUGACUCAGCCAUGUGGUGAGGUAGUUCGAGGCUGCUUUCACAUGUGCUUAAGUUGUCGAAAUAGGCACAAAGGACAGUAUGGACAUUUUUCUGGUAGCAAGUGCAGUAAUGGAGGAAAAGUCAAAAGAAAAUCAAACAGUAAACUCUUGUCACCCCUCCCGAUGUUGGAAACACAUGUGAUAAUGAGGAACAAUGCUAUGUUCUUACUGGAUUUAGCCAGUGCAGCAACCCCUGCACUUCCUUCUCGUAAUGCUGUGCCAAGAAAGUCUCCUUGCACUAUGCCUUGUGUGUCGGAAUUGAGUCCGGAUAAUAGUCCUUUUCCAAAGGUAGCAUUCCAGUGUCUGCAUACUCUCAACUGUCAGCAGCAGCAUCUCAAUCAGCUGCGAGAAGAUCUGCUCCUGCAGCACACACUUCAUUCUUCGGAUAAUACUGACUAUCGAAGCAGUUCAGCAGAAUCUCGUGAAAACAAUCAUCGUGAAAAUUCUUUCUCUCCUCCUGGUGCAUCUCAUCAAGAAUCUCCAGCAUCUGAUAUAGAGUUGCCAAGGGGUCGGCCAUUCCAUCGUUCCAUAUCUGUGACAGUUGCCACAUCAGGCCAGGACUGGAGCUCAGCAGCAGCAUCUGCAUCUGCAUCACAGCAUGAUCAUGAUCAAAAGGCCGUUGUUGUUCUUAGAAAACGUAACAAUAGUAGUGGAGAGAAUGCAGGUAAUUGUUUUAUUUCAGUUGACAGUGGCAGUAGUUCUCUUCUAGUCCAUCCAUCAGCAGCUCUGGAACGAUUAGCAGCGUGUAUAGAACGUGGGAGUGGGGCAAGUGGAGAACCAGGUGGCCGAGCACGACAGGUCAUCAUUAGGCCUAUUAUGGCUUUUAUAUUCCAGAACCAUGACCUGGAAACCUUAGCUUAUGCUAUGCGACACGCUACCCGCAAAGCAGCAGCAAGAGUUUAUGCAAUGCAGGCACUGAACUGGUUGCUUCGAAGUGUAACCCAGCCAACCUGUUUACAUGACCUUCUGUGGUGUUUUGUUGCUGCUCUUACUCCUUCAUCACCCUCGCCUCCUCUUCCUGAUGAUCAUAAUCUUCAAGAUCAGCCUCAUCAUCGAGACAGAUCACAUGAUAUGGUAAUUAGUGAUGAGGCAGAAAUGGUUGUCUUGGAGCAUCCACUGAGUGAUGUAACGCUUGCGGGUGAUGCUGUUCAUCCUCUGCCACUAACAUUCCACCAGCUGUUGCAGACUGUAGCAGAUCUGAUGAUGCUUCUACCUCCUGGAUCUCCUCUUCAAAUGAUGGCUGUUAGGUGCUGGGGUCUGAGAUUCACACCAGCAGACCAUGACUUCUUGCAUCAGAGUCAUGUGUUUUCCAACAUAUCAAAGAUUCUUUCCCGUUCUGAAGAAGUCUUAGGAGCUGGUGAGGAAGGUGUGAAUUCCAUGUAUGAGAGUCAUGGUCCCGUUACUAGUAUUGUUGAGUGCCUAUGUGACUUAAUGAGUGAAUGUGAAAUUCGAGCUUCUAGUCGACAAGCAAUGGUACCAUCUCUAACAGACUCCUCAACGGAAACCUUCUGGGAAUCAGGGGAUGAGGACCGCAACAAAACUAAAGCCUUGACACUAACUUGUCCACUGUCUUCUAGGCCAAAGAUUGUUUAUGUUCAUAUUGACAAUUGUAGGGACCUUGGGAACAAAGUUUCAAGUGUUUCUUUCAAGUGUGGCUGUGGAAGUGAAGAUAUGGUCAUGGCUCAACAGGUUGAUGUUGAAAGUCGUUUUACAGGGUGGCUUCAUGCUGUGUUACCAUGUGAUACAGUCAACACUAUUGUUAUUGAAUUAAAGGGACCAGACCAAAGUGUGCGUGUGCGUCAAGUUAGAGUUCUAGGCGGUGAUGGUAGUGAGGGACAAGGAUCCCGUCCACUGCGCCAGCACUCACCUAUUACACUUCAGCAUCGUGCUUGUGAACAGGAGACAUUAAAAGUGUUUAGACUUAUUACGGGGCAGGUGUUUGGACGUCUUAUAAGUACGGGUGAGAGUAGUGACCAUGGUGCUGACAGUGGAAAUGUCAGUGCAGGCAGCAUAGAAGGAACAGAGGAGCAGGAGCGUAAUAAUGACUUGAGAGAACAUAUGGUUGGUAUCCUUUUUUCAAGAUCAAAACUCACACACCUUCAAAAACAAGUUUGUGCUCACAUUGUUCAAGCCAUUCGAAAAGAAGCUGUACGAGCUCGAGAGGAAUGGGAGGCAGGGCUAAGUUGUGGGGGUUUGGGCACACCAGGUACCCCAGAAGAAGUGCAGCAUAAUCCUCCUGACACUUAUUGUUUUGAAAUGUUAUCUAUGGUGUUAGCUCUGAGUGGCUCUGCAGUUGGCCGCGCACAUUUAGCUCAACAGGACCAUUUACUCAAACACCUCUUAUCUUUGUUACAUACUGGGUCAGCCAGAGUACAAAGACAGGUUGUUGCACUCUUUCGGCGGAUGUUGGCUGAUGUUCCCCCGCAGUCUCUAGCCCUUAUUUUAGGAGUUGAAUCAUUACCAGCACAAGAUUAUGCAAUUUUACAUGCUGCAACUACGGAUGAAGAUGACAGCUUUGAUAUUCAUAAGCAAGGACUUCUAGAUGUGUUUUUGGCAGUCAUUGCCAAAGCACUCACAGUUCAACUGAAGACGAAGGGUAAAGAAGGUAACAGCAAAUCAGUUGGAAAUCAAGGCAAAGGUGGGGUAAAUUCUGUGACGCUUGCCACUAGCAUGCCUACCCCAGCUGCUAACUCACCACGUUGGUGGUUACAAGGAUCCACAACCCAAAAGCAGGCUGAUCUUAUCAUCAGCUUGGUAAGAGACAUGACAGCGGGAAAGUUGUCUGACGCUUGGGCAAAAGUAAGUAAAGGAGCAAUUGCAGAGAACAUUGUGAAUUUGACUCGACUUAGUGAAAGUGAACGUUCCUGUGCUGCAACAUGUUUGGCAACCCCAACUCUUUGGUUAGCAUUGGCUUCAUUAUGUGUAUUGCAUCCUGAUCAUGUAGAUGCUUUGUCUUCUCAGCACUGGCAAGCAACAACUUCAUCUGGGGAUAAUCAAAAUCCUGAACCAAGACCAACUUGUGAAAAUCAUGAUGAUGGAGAGACACUCGCCAUGAUCUUGUGUGAGGAAUGUAGUAGCAAUUUGUGUGGGGAAUGUGACCGUAUCCUUCAUCUUCAUAGACGUACUAGACACCAUCAUCGUACUGUGUUCCGGCAGGAGCAAGAAGCCAUAAAGGUGGAUCUUCACGAAGGAUGUGGGAGAACAAAAUUAUUCUGGUUGCUUGCUUUAGCUGAUUCCACAACAUUGAAAGCCAUGCUAGAACUGCGUGGUGAAAAUCAACGCUCUAGAGGGUUGUUGGCAACUUCAGCUUGUCGAUUUUGCGGUUCCCCUGCCCAGCCAUCUCUGCUUUCACCUGCACCUGUAUGCCAAGAUCCUGAUUGCCAAGAAUAUAGUAGGGAAGCCUGCACUCGAAGUCAUGAGUGUGGCCAUUUAUGCGGUGGUUUAAAGGGUGAAAGUUCCUGCUUGCCCUGUCUUCAUGGUUGUUCUAACAUACCUUCCCUCAAACAGGAUGCCGAUGAUAUGUGCAUGAUAUGUUUUUCGGAGGCACUUUCUGCUGCUCCAGCAAUUCAGCUUGAAUGUGGUCACGUAUUCCAUGCUCACUGUUGCCGCACCGUCUUAACGCGACGUUGGCCUGGACCCCGUAUCACAUUUACCUUCUCUUUAUGUCCCAUCUGUAAGGUACGAAUGUCCCAUUGGGUUUUAACUGAACUGCUUGGCCCAAUAGCUGUAUUAUUUGAGGAUGUACGACGAAAAGCUCUCAUGCGAUUAGAAUAUGAAGGUUUGCAUCGAGCAGAAGCAAUUUCGACCCCUGGUGCUCGUUAUUACAAUGAGCCAGCAGCUUAUGCAAUGGAUCGCUAUGCAUACUACGUGUGUUUCAAGUGUAAUAAGGCAUAUUAUGGUGGAGAGGCACGAUGUGACGUUGAAGCUGGUCUUGGUGAUGAUUACGACCCAAGAGAGCUUGUAUGUGGUGCAUGCUCUGACGUAUCACGGGCCCAGAUGUGCCCAAAACAUGGUACAGAUUUCCUGGAGUACAAGUGUCGUUACUGCUGCUCUGUAGCUGUAUUCUUCUGCUUUGGCACAACUCAUUUUUGUAAUGCUUGUCACGAUGACUUUCAGCGUGUAACAAAUAUCCCCAAAGCUGAACUUCCACAUUGUCCAGCAGGGCCAAGAGCACAGCAGUUGGAUGGAGAAGAGUGCCCACUUCAUGUUCAGCAUCCCCCUACUGGAGAAGAAUUUGCAUUAGGCUGUGGAGUGUGUCGUAAUGCUCAUACAUUCUAAUCAUGAUCUGAAAGUGAUUGUGAUAAAUCAGAAUAAUGAAAGCAUUUUUGUGAAUCUUAUAGUGCUCAUACUUUUUAAUCCCGUUAUUUAUUUAACAUAAUUUUUCUGAUGUACAAGUUUUCAAGUUUUUAGUAUUAUAUAUACAUACAUAUAUAUAUAUAUAUAUAUAUAUAUAUAUAUAUAUAUAUAUAUAUAUAUAUAUAUCUUUUUAUGUUUUGAGGGAGUAUUAAUUUUAAAUGCAAAAAUUGAUCUAAUUCAUGACCUACCUACCCACGUUGAUUUUUAAUGUGUAGUAUAUUAUUAAGAUUAGAGAUUUUUAACUUAUCUGUAAACUUAUCAAAAGCUACAUAUUUUUGUGCAGUUUGGUAACCAUGAAGAUGCUACAAUAUGUACUAUAUAUGAUUUAGGUUAAUCCAAUGUAUAAACAAAAGAAGUCUGAUUUGGGCAUGAUGUAUUUAUUAUACAAAUAAAUACGGAGAAUUACAAU